CGAGUCGAUAAAGAUGGCCGUCUAUUACACAUUGGAUUAUUAGUGCGGCGUUGUGUUUUUCUGUCGUUGUGGGAUCCAUGGAUCGUCUUCCGAGAGGUGCCUCGGCUGUCCAUGGUCUUAAACCUUCACGGGUGAGUCGUUUUUGUUCAUUUCCACCUUGAAUCGUACGGUGAAAUUUUACAUGUUAACUUUGACAAUUUGCCCAGGUUUUGAUUGGAAUGAGCAUCGACCAGUGUUGAAGCCAUUCUGUUUGUGUAUUUCAUUGUAGAAUUCACACCUCAAAAUUGUGCGGGUAGUCGUUAUAGAAGCUAUUGAUCUAGCCAAGAAGGACAUUUUUGGACUGAGGUAUGAUAUAGAGCAGUGCUUUCGAUGAUUUCGCUGUUUGGGUUUGUUUUUUUUAUUUGGGUAGGGAUAUUAAAAGCGUAAAGCUUAAGCUUUAAUAUAUUAUGAUUGUACAUGUCACUUGAAGUUAAUAUUUUAUCACCAUGCAAGUUUAAUAUGAUCACUGUUGCGGCGCAAGAAGAGCGUGAAAUGUCACUGAUACGAAUCUUUAAACUUAAGCUUAAAUUGACCAUGAAUUUGGCACUCAUGGUGCGUUAUAAAAUAAUGAUUAACGUUUUCUUGCCAGUUAGAGUGAUGAUAUUAAACGUUGCUCGUCUCAAUCAGAACUUUAAAUCCAGACGUGUACGUAUGGAGGGUAUCAUUUUUCCGUUUUUCAACGUUUGCUCUUAUCAUGUUCACUCUGCAAAUUUGAUCAAGCAAGUUAAGUUUAUCACUGAACUCCAACAAAUGGAAGAAAUAAUCUCACGAACUGAAUUUGUCAAAACUUGUCAGGGGUGGGGAGGGGUAAAAUCACUUAAGAGUAAAACUACAUGACAGAGUGAAACUUCACGUAAACUCUCCUUUUGUGGUUUAAGUUCCUUGAUGCUUUAUCAAUAUCAACAUUAGUAUUAAUAUUUCUGCUAAUAUAUUUCCUGUUUUUACUCUGUUCCUGCUGAGCACUACUGCAUGCAUAUAAAUAAUUCAUUCCAUUAGGCUGUCAGGCCACUGCCUGAAAAAGAGGUUGUGAUUUUAUAUUGGGUAUUAUACCAUCAAAUCGAUUUUAAAAUUAAUUCUAUCUGUUACUUACCAAUUAUUGAAUGAGACUGUGUAGGAUGUGAAGAAUGCGCAGAUUGAGGAGGAUGUUAUUGGCAUUGGUGUGUAACAUCCUCUGAGAUCUGGGUAAUUCUUGACAUCAUACAAAAGCUGAAUUCAAUAAUUGUUUAAUUAUUCAUUCACAAUUAUUUUAGGAGCGAUUGCAUAAUACCCAGCCCACUAAAUGGUCUAUUGCCCCUGCACAAUCUCGUUGGUGAAAUAUUUUGAAUGAAUAAUAAUACAACUUAUUCACUACGUCUUUCAAAGUAAGUAUGGUGGGCGCAGGCUGGUUGUGAAGAAUUAGCCAGGAUUUUGAGCCAAUCAGAAGCAAAGAAAUACUUGAAAUAUGCAUAAUAUUAUCAUUUAUUGUCUCUUUUUAAUAGCGAUCCUUACUGCAAAAUAAAGUUAUUCAGAGGUGACAGGGACUAUGGUGAAAUAGAUUCUGUUGUGACGGAAACUAUCAAGAAGGUAAAUAAACUACUAUUAGUUUUAUUCAAGCAGUAGAUAUUUAUACAUUCAGAAGAAAACUAGCCAGCUUUGGUCAUGAGUUUUGAGAAACCAAGGGUUCAAGAAAUUUAUGGAUUCCUCUGUAUUUAUAUUUACUGUGUAACAAACUAGUUUUGAUGGCUUAUAGCCUGCUCAUUUCUUUAAGAAUAGACAAAAAUUGUGGCUGUGAUAAGCUUCCCGUGAAGGGCUGUCAUUAGGGGCCAACCCGUCACACUUAUUUCGGCUGAGCUCAGUCAAUGUUACGGCUGAUGGUUGCUGCAUAAAAUAAUACUAUUUAAAAGGUGGGUUCAUGGACCAAGACAAAUCAAAAUUUAUUAAUAAACAAUUCCUUCAAAAAUAAAUAAUUAUUAUUGUUGCCCUGUGUCUUCUGUGUCCUUGAUUCUAAGACGUGUUUCAGUACAAACCAAACCUUUUCCCUUCAAAAGCCUUUUUCUGUUCAAUCGUUGCUUUUCCUGAUGCCAUUUUUAGCAGCAAACCUCAUUAAGCAAUGCGCAGUGUUUACACUAAAUUGGAUUCCGCUGACUGACUUUCCCAGUACUAGUUUGCGUGCUCAUUGUGUGACCAAUUCCGUGCUGAUAGUUCACCUUUAUUUAUGGUUUCGCCAUUAUGAUGGUAUCCCGCAUCAAGGCAACCUGAAAUUGACGGUUUUUUUCCAAGUCUCAAAUUAUGGACAGAAGGAAAUGCAGGAGCUGAUAAAGGAGCCUGUCCGCCAAGACCUGCGAACAUGGCUUCAGUUCCUUCAGCUGUACUUGUCCAGCUGGUCACUACAACAGCAGUAGACACAAACAAAACCUAGUGGCAAAAAAAUUCCCUGAGUCCAUUGAUGGCAAUGGCUUUCAUUCUUUUUGCCACUGCAGGGAAAAAGAUGCUCUCUGAGAGAGCCAGCUUUUUCGUUAACAUGUGCAAUGCAAUUGACAACAGCUCCAAUUGUGAAAGUGAAGAUGACCAAUCUUUUAUGGUCUGAGACUCGGUUCUCAAAUCGGUAAUUAUGCACAUGUAGUUCCUUUGAGGGUUUUGUACAUAUACAGUGUACAAUGUAAUUUAAUUUAGUCAAUAUUGCAGAUUUUUACUAACUUUAAAAAUUAAUUUUGUUGUGAUUUAUGUAUAGGAUUUGCAUCCAACAUGGAACCAAGGAUUUUUCUUCAGGGUAAGAACAGAGUUAAUUCAUAUUAUUGAGUUUUAGCUAGAAUGGUUAUACAUGUUAUAUUUUCGGUGGUCAGUUACCCAAUUUAUCCUUUGUUGCAACAAUCAAAAUAGUCUUGCUGAGAACCCUCUAAACCAACCUGCAGAAGUACAAUAAGCUCCAUGAAACUUGAUUAAAUUAUUACUGAACAGAGCUUUGUUUAGAGAUAAUACACAGUUAGGGUACAACGAUGGAACAUGUACUAUAAUUUACCAAGGUUGAAACAUUUGUCAUGAAUUGAACAGCAAGGAGGUUCUUUUGGUUCAAUGUUUGUGCUCACAAAGUGCCCAGGGGAAAUCCCCGGCCCAGGCAACCACGCCAGUGAUGGGGAUGAAAACAUCACAUCUGCAAAUUGAGUUUGUGCUGUCUCAAACUUCAUUGCCUUUAUGCCAUCCCUUUCAUUUUGUCAAAUGUUGGCAAAUUUUUUCCUCGAGUGAUAUUCUAAAGGAUUGUAUCCAAGUUCAGAUCCUCUAAAAACAUGAAAUUAGAAAAAUUCACUUCAUAGUCAUGCAAUAAUGGGAGUGAAAUGUACAAAAAAAGCAUGCUGCCGAUGCAAAAUUUUUGUUUUACUAAUCUAGACCUAUUGCUGUUUGCGGUUCUUGUUACUGUCCUCAUUGUGAUUGCUUAAGCUCCCUAAUGACAACCUUGGCUUACUACUUUAUGGUGCUAGUAACAUAGAUUGCUACUGGUAGUAAUGUACCAACCCAUCUGAUAGGGUGUGAUAAAAAAUCAGAAAUUGUGCGAUAAGAUAGGACUAUUAUUCGAUAAAUUAUGCAAUUUUUUCAGGGCUAAUUAACAUUGCUUUACCAGGUUUCAAAGGAGAAAAAUCACUUUAAUGUUGUUUAACUAAAUAACAGGCAAUUUGAAUGUAAAGGAAUAAUAAAACAUCUAUUUUAAAACAAAACAGUCUAAUUUUUUCAACUUUUUUGACCCAGAAAAUAGAAAGAAAGAAAAAGGACACUUGUUUAAUAUUACAUGAUGCCAUUACACCGCUGACCACACUGCUUGCUUCUGAAAUCAAAAGGCUGCCCAGAUACCGCAAGAUUUAUUUCUUCUUUAACUUAAAAGAUGUAAGGUUUCACCUUAUUUCUUUUCUUUUCUUUCCCUCUUUUUUUCUUUAUUUUUCUUUAAUUUUACAGGUGAACCCAAGAGAUAACAGAAUCUUAUUUGAAGUAUUUGAUGAGAAUAGGCUGGUAAGUACAGGUUUUAGACAUUAGACAUAAUUAUUGUCACGACUGAGUAUAAAACUUAUCAGAAACAUCAUUCUUUUUUUUGUUAUGGUGCACAUUAUGAUUUAUGCCCUGUUUUUUUUUAUCCUUUAGACCUUAAAUUUUACUACAGCUAUAUCUGCCAUAGUUACACUGUAAAGACAUUGUCGAUAGAUCUUCUGGUUGAUUUAUUGUACAGAUAACCAACAAUGUAUUUUCACAAAACCACAUGCUUUAAUAUAAUGCAAAAUAAUUUAAGUACUCUCCACAGCAAUAUUUGUGCAGCAUUGCUGUAUAGUAGUCUCUUGUUUUUUUGCAUUACUGAACUAUGUGAUUAUUUGCUUUUAGACAAGAGAUGACUUUCUUGGUGAAGUGGAAUUACCACUUUCUCACUUACCCGUAAGUAGUGUUGUAUGACAUGUGGAUCAUGGGAGAAACUUUAAUUUAGAUGUAUGCUAACAACUCUGAUUUACAUGAGAAAUGUAAAUAUAAAGUAAAAAAAAAUGUUACUGUAGACAUGAUGGCAUUAAGAUAUCAUGUCAGAAUACUCAUGUCUUGAAGAAGCCAGGAAGGUACUGUAACAUUUUUCGCAGAAGUUCCUCCCCACACAUUCCCCUACCCCCAACUUACCCUGUAAGAAUUCACAUUGUAUUUGCAUAAACUAAAUGAAAACAUCUACUCUAGACUGAGUCAAGAUGGCCAGGGAAUGCUCUCAACACUACCCUGCCACUGUCCUAAAAUCGGUGAUUCCACAAAGUAUCAUCUCCCUGCCACUGGUCUCAUUACUGUAGGUCAUGCCACCUCGGCCAUUUCUAAUUCCUAAUUAAUGCUCAACCCUCCGUUGCCUCCCUUUCUCUCGCUCCCCACCCAUCCCCUCAGAAUUCCAAGAUGCUGCCUUUUGGUAGGGUAUAUCACCCUAUGAUGGUGCACAUAGUACAAGAAAAGUUAUUAGAUAUCAUUAGAGGGUUUAAUAAUGAUGCCAUUACCACAUCUGAGGAAAAAUGACUUGUCGGCUUACCCUUACUCGUAGGCAGAAAAAGUCCUUUGGUCCAUACUGUAAACUACUGCUAGUUAUAACGUUAGAGAGAAUGAAUACAAGCUCGCUAUUCCACAACCCCGUACUGAAUUUUAUAAAAGAAGUCUUUCUUACAGCAGAAGUGUGUUAUGGAACAGCUUGCCUCUGGAGGAAUGCCAAUUGACAUCCCCUAGUAUCUUUAAGGAAAAAUUAAGAGACAUAAAUCUCGAUUGACAAAUAAUUUAAUUAGCAAUAUUCUGUUUUUUACACAUGGCCUCCUUGAAAAGCAGGUGUUUUCUUUUCAUCUUUAUUAUUUUAGUUUUUAUCUUAGAUUUUAGAUUAGUUUGGAGGUUAGUUUUUCUAUACUUGAAUGUGAAUGUACCUGAAGGAAAUACUGUGCAUAAACAAAGUUAGCAUACCAUACUGCUUUUAAGCCCCCUCCCCCCUCCCUGCUUAUAAGCCCCCCCCCCAGUCAUAGGUCCGUGUACCUGUAAACCAAGAAUACAUUGGUUAUAAGCCUCCCCCCCUCCAACUUGUGUUGAAAUGUGAGUAUCUUCAAAAAGUAUUUUUAUCAGCACAGCUUUAUGUAUGUAGCUUGUUUUGAAAAGUUUUUUUCUAGUGUUCAGUUAUACCCCCCCCGCCCCCAGAUACACACUGUAGGCCCCCUGCUUAUACAGUAGCCCUCCUAAAACCACUUAUGAAGUUGUAGAAGCCCAGUGCUUAUGUAAGCUUAAGUUUAUGGCACUGUAAUAGGUAAUAACGAGCUAUAAUGAAACGUUGAGUAUUGUUUACAGCAAAAAGCCUUAAUAGUCCUUAAUAAUCUUGUUUUAUCUUAUCUCAUCUCCUAGUUGAGUUGCCCUCAUUUAACAGUUGUGAUAUAAUUUUUGUUUUAGACUGAAAGACCAAAUACAGAGAUACUACCAGCAUACUAUAACUUGAAGCCCAGAAGGUAUUGUGAAUACUUUGAUACAGAUCUUCAGUUUUUCUGCCUUGUUCAAAAAUUUAAUUGAUAAUAACACUUACAUGUACAUGUACUGCUGACAUUUAUCUGAACGUAGCAGUGUCCAACUAGAAAUCUCUUGCUUCUUUUGGUACUGCACAGAUAUGUACAUUACCUUGUACAUUGUUUCCCUGUAGGCUGGUGUAUUGACAUAAUGUUAUUUAUUUUUUUUGUUUCACAUUUUGUAGUAGUAAAUCAAGAGUCAAGGGCAAUUUAAAACUGCAAUUGUCAUAUCUUCCACCCGAGGAAAACUCUCAAGCAUCGACCCCCGGUAAGAGCAUACUGUAUAUCUUAGAAAAAAAAUGUUGCUGCUAACAUAAUCAUAGUUUGUGUUUGCUUUUUUUACUAACGUGAAUCUAGUUUAGUUGCCUUAGCUCCUGCAAGUCUACUUGUUUACUAACCUUACUUCACUAUUUAUGUAUAAUAUAAUUUUCUGCAGUAAAUGUCCAAUAUUAAUGAGAUGCCUGUAUUUGAGCAAUAUAAACUGCAUGAUAGAGCAAAGUGGUAGUAAAAACAAGGCAGGCUGUUUAUUUUAAUUUAUAGAAGUGAGCAGAGUGAGACAGUCUGGUGAAGAAUUUAACCUUAGCAUUGUUGAAAACCAUUAUUCAGCUCCUUCAGCACCACCCAUUCAGAUUGAUCAGCCAUCACCCAGUGCUCCUUCUCUGCCGACAUCUGAUGGAGCGUACUCUUCCUCUCCAAUACAAAUUCCGGUAAGUACUCCAGGUUACAAACCGGUGCUGGAUAUUGAAGUAUUAGAGACCUUUCGAUUCUAAGACUAGGACAGGUACGAGGACAAGGUUUUGUCCAUAGGGUGUUAAAGUAAAGGCGUUUUUGAAUGACGCACAUCAAUCGCAGCAGAUCGGGAACUAUUCUCUUAUCGGAAUUUUUUGCAGUAUUCCUUUGUUUGUUUUGACAUACUUUGACAGCUGGCGACGACACACGCGACAGGGACGCAAAUAGUUCGUGCCAAAUGACGUGACUUGAGCCGGGGGGUGGGGUACUGUCAUAUAUGGGCUAUAUAGGUAUGUGCCGGUGUGAAUGGUAUGGUUUUCAAGCAGUUUACUCUAGGAUAGGGUAUAUAAAUCAGAACAUUUGGGUCUAGAAUAGGGUAUCAUUUUACAGGAAACUGAUUAGUUGGUUGAAGAUUUUAUCUAGACUAGGGAAACAGCUACCCUAGGAUAGGGGGGAUUUGGAGAGUUUACUCUAGUAUAGGGUAGCAAAAUUUAGCUGAACUAGCUCUGGUAUAGGCUAAGGGUUCCAGGGUCCCGGCGGCACAUCCCCACCCAGAAAUUCCUAAAGUACCCCCCGGGACUUGAGGCGAUUUUUUGCAGGGAAAACAAGUCGAGCUCUCGCUCUCUCACUCGCUUUUGCUGCAGAAAGCAUUAUAAAAACAAAUCUACCGCUCGUGCUUCGCGUUUGUGAAAAAUUUGAGCUUGACUUGUAGGCAAGUCCAACAGCCAUUUUGAGGAUUAUGCAAUAAGAGACCACACGUCUUAAUGAUUAAACUAUCAUACUGAGCUUAGGAUCCCUGUGGUUUUAGCAAGAAUGUUUUGUUUAAAGAAAAAGCGUGAUCCCUGAUGGCAAGGCUUGAACUCCAGGACCUACAGAUCUGAAGUUCAAUGUGUUAUAAACUAUGCCCCAACUAUGUAUAGCCUGCACAUGAUGGGUUAGAACCGAAGGCAGGAAAGGGAAGGUGCAGGGGCUACAUGUAGCUUGAGGAGUAUCCCCCUUAAGGCUGCCUGCCAGCCUGCGGGGAAAAGAAAAAGUAUUCAAUUCUUUUUCUUAGUACAGAGCAAAAUCAAUAUGAUGGUGUGUAAUUGCACCUUUCAUUUAACCAUAGUCACUCCCUGAAGUUGAGGAGCCUAUUCAUCUUUCAAGAUCCCAGGAACCCCUCCCUGAAGGAUGGGAAGAACGCCAGGUUAGUAAACACACAAUUGGUUGAUCAUUGUAGCCAGACGUUUAGCAUAUUACGAUAGACCCGGUAAGAUCUGUGAUCUCCCCUGGUGAGAGCUCCCAGGGGAUCUGUGGAGAUGACCCCAGAAAAAUUUUGGAAGGCUUGAAGCGGUGGAAUGCCAUUACAUGUAUUAUAAUUAUUAAUUUCAUAACGCAAGAUCGAAGGAGGUUCGGCACUUUGUAUGCAAUUUGACAACUUAUAGGCAAAAUGACUGGCUCAAAAAGUUUGCCAUUAACACGUUAUAUUGGUUUUUCUUAGAAUUUAAUUUUAUACGUUUUUCUUACAUCUUUUAACAGGAUGCUAAUGGUAGAACAUUUUAUAUUGACCAUACAACAAGAACGACCGCAUGGGUGAGGCCCACUGGAAUAAGGUAUGUUUAGUGAUUGCUUGACAGAUACGGUACAUAAAAGUAGUAAACUUUUAUUAUUAUUAUUAUUUUUUGUGGAUAGAAAGAUUCUUUUCUUGAGCGGUCAUGUACUUUCACUUCUCAAGCCCUGCUGUUUUUUGUUGUUUAAAUGUAUUUUUUUUUGCUUCAAUUUUAGCUAAUAAGCUUAAAUUGUAUUUCGCUUUUCUCUUCAAGCAGAUGACACAAGGGAAAAAACAAAACGAAAAUAAAAUUAAAACCAAGGAUAAAUUAAACUACAGCCGUAUAUUUUGCAUACAAGUUUGGUAUUAUAUGGCCAACUGUCAGUAACCUUUUGCUUAUCUGUUGGUUAAGUAUUGGUAGAAAGAUUUUUUAGGUAGCUGGUUCCUCACAAUUACCUAUGCCUAUUUUAUACAAGCUCUAAAAAAUCUGACUCUCCAUUUGAAUCAACUUAUGUUUCUACAAAUAUUACUCGUAAGAAGCAAUGUACUCUAUAUUCCAGUACUGUUCUUGUAACCCUUUCUUCCAGUGAAUCAGCACAUCAACAUGAAGUUGAACAGAAUGAUGCCAGAAGAGAGAGAAACUUUAGAAUAAGGCGGCACCUGAGUGUUGACGAUACAGAAAUGCAGACACAAAACACUGAAACUAGCCAGGUGGGUACAUUCAAAUCCCGGGGGGGGGUACUCUACCAAUAUUUGGGUACAGGUGAGCCACUGAGCAUUUGAAAACCUGACCCUCAAUUUUAUUACCCUGUUUAGGACGAAGGACAAAAUGAGCGCUGUCUUGUUUUAAAGCCAGUUUUUAGCAACUGCAAUGGAGCAAAUUCACGUUAAGAGUCAUCGCUUUGGUAUAUUUGGAGUACAAACAAAUGUCAUCAAGCAAAGCCAGUCAAGGCAAUACCCUGUUUAUGAUAAGGACAGACUCGCGCGAAAUUAUAUAUACUGUUUAAGACGGACUCUCUCGAUACUAUAUACCCUGUUUAGGACAGAGAGGACAAAAACCACACCCUGUUCAGCUGCACAUCCCUGUUUAGGCCAUUUAAGGAAGUACGGGAUCCAAAUCUUGUUGAGAGCUUUCAGUAUUCUACUGUGAAGGUUUUUAUCAUUCCCCAUCUCUAUCAUUUUUUAAUGUAAGGGCAGAAAAACAGAAAAGCUAUGCAAACUUGUUUCACUCUGAACAUCUUGCACAGAUGCAGAUCCUGAUGAAGUCCCUCGACCAUUUUCGAUCGAAAUACGGUACGGCACAUGUAAAUCUCUACCCGCAAGAAAGGUCUUGUCCCUCGCGGGUUGCGAUUUUCUAGCGUGCUCCCAAAUUUCGAUUGCUUUAGCGUUCCCGAGGAAAAUGAAGGGCUUCUCGUAGUCUAUGUACAUAGAGAGAAGUAAUGAUUAGUAAAGAACACAGUGAUUUUGUUCAAUAUCCAGAAACCAAGACGAGGCACAGCUGAGCUUUUUCUUAUGGGGUUGAAAAUCGAACAGUUAGACAGCUGGACCCCUAGGCAUGGCUGAAAAAACCUUGAGUUCCAGCUUGUUCUUUUUGCAAGCAGCUAUCACAUUUUUCUUUCCCAGGGGCCACUUCUUGCUUGUCUUCGUUAAUGUUUUAAUUAGAAGAUGACUUCACGCUUGGACCCUUGCCCAUAGACCCUUCCACGGUUUUUUUAAACUUUUGACAUGGACAAGUAAGGGGAAAUCGUCGAUACCACUGGGAAGAGCGCCUAAAAAUAAGUAACAUUGCCAAGUUUAAAGGUUUGUUGAAAAUGAACGAAGAUGUAUCUCCUCAAAGUCGCGAAAUUUUACAGAUAUUUGUAUGUUGACUUGCCCUCCCACCAUACAAUCGUCUGUAAAUUUUGCAUCUUUGCCAGCUUAAGACGGAUCACUUUCAAAUUUGGCUAUUUUACUCUUUUCAGGCGGUGUCGACGGAUUUUCGCUAACUUGUCCACGUCAAAAUUUAAGAAAACCGUGGAACGGUCUAUUAAGCAAGUGCGUUUUUAAAGUUACUUACCCAGCAAGAAAAAUAUACUUGUCCCGGACUAACAGAAGGUACUUUUUUCGAGCCCUGCGAACAGAUAGUUCCGGGCAACUCAGACCCCCCCAUCUCUAGUCGAUUAGCCUUUAAAGUAAACACCUGUGUUACUGUAGUAAGCGUAAGGUUUAAGUAAGCAUGAUUUCUUUAUUUGCUCUUUGCAGGCAAGCGUGCCAACUGGGGAAUUACUACCUCCUGGUUGGGCCAUACAGAGGGCGCCAAAUGGAAGAAUGUUUUUUAUUGAUCAUAACACGAGAAAAACGACAUGGGUCAGUGCCUGGAAAUGAUAAUAAUUAAUUAUGAUUUAUAGUUAUAAUAAUGAUUAGUGAUAACCAGAGAUUAAGGGGUGUGUUCGGCCCAUUUUCCCAGGCUGCCUCUUUUUGAUAAGUUAGCGAUAAUGUCACUUUGCCCUGCCCUUUGCCCUGCUAAUAUCCAUGGGGAUCUCAGAUAUCAUUUUUUCCCAUAUCCGUUCACCAGUUGUCCCAUACAAUCUUAUUCCAAUCUUUGUAGAGAAGCGUGUUGUCACAAAAAUUCAAAUUUGUUUAAUUAUAGGAUUGUAUAGCAUAUCCAGAAAGAACAAGAUGAAGAAAGCCCCCCUAGCCAAAUAUCAGACUUCUUGUGCAAAUUGGCGGCGGAGAGAUAUAAACACCUAUAUGCUCUGAUGACUCCAUACAAAUCCUUCUAAAAUUGGCUUGGAUCGCAACGUCUACGAUCCAGGGCAAUUUUAGAAGGAUGUAUAUUGAGUCAUUGGAGCAUAACAGUGCUUGUAUCUCCCAACCAAUUAGCAGUAAUGAAGAAUGCGUUCUUCUACGUUGAACGAAAUACCAGUUUAUUUGAAUAGUCUAGUUUAUUGUUUAUAAUACUUGUGGAUGUGGACAUAUUAAGUUGAUAAUGUAGAGCUUUACAAACCCUGUAUUUUGGAACACAUAGAGAUCUGCGAUAAUAAUCAAUGUGAUGUAUUUCUUUUUUCUUUAUAGAAAGACCCUCGCCUCCACCAUCAUUCAAGUCAAAGUAUUGGGCCUUCCAUGUCACCAGAAAUUACCAGAGCCGCAACACUUAAUCAUGCCGACCUUGGCCCUUUACCAGUAAGAACCCAAUAAUGUUUAUUGUUGUCAUUAUAAGGAGAACCCUUGUUGUUGCUUUUGAAAGCCUAAAGGUGAAUUUCCACCGCCCCACAAUUUGAGCCGCUCAACCUUUACGUUUACGCGCGAGAUUACGCGACGUUGCAAAUACACCCUUAUUAACAGAAAGGGCUUGUAUAGACCUUUUCCGCAUUACGCUCCAGUGAACAAACAUAAAGACAUGAGGACGAGGCUCGGGAGGACAAUUUCAUACAAAUCACUGUAUUUUGUCUACCCGAGCCUCGAGUUGGUGCCGUCGUUUAUAGGAAUGCGGGGAAGGACUAUUGAUGUCUAAAACGUUUUUAAAAAUCUUUUAACUGGUGGCAAUACCGAUUAAAAUGAAGCGGCUUUUCCAACCAUUACUUCCAACCUUUUUGACCGUCUUUUGAUUGGCAAUUCCACUCCAGUGGUAUUUUUACGUUGGUCUUCCAUCGUAAGACUUAGGCUAUAUUCACACGGAAGACCUUAGAUAACAACGAGCUCAACCAGGUUGGCGUCCAGCGGUUUUAGUGAAAGCAAAGGUUCAGUCGCGCGGGCUCAUAAAACCUCGUCUCGGUCAUUGUUGUUUAAGGAUUUUCAUGUUCACACUUUACCGAAUAGCUUUCGGCGCCGACACGAGAAGCUGUCAGGCAUAGUAUGAACACCUAUCCGAUAUGUGACCCUCCAUUUUAGAGAUCGGCGCGGCUCAGCUUCGCUCCGUUACAGAAAUCGCGCCGAAAUCAUCGUUCUUAUGUGUGAACAGUCGUCCCACCCGGAAUGGUUUUCGUGCGUGCGCUAAAGCUAUCCGAUAUAAUGUGAAGAUAUGGUAGCCUUAGAGCGCUGCAUCGGACGUGCGAGGCUUGUGCGCUGUCUGUUUGGUAAUCAACACAGUCAUUUUCUGACUCAUUACAACUCUUUAACUUUCAUAGCCAGCCAUCUCCUUGAUCCCACAAGAGCUUUAAGCUUUGCCUUUUACUUGCUUACCUUUUUAGGAUGGAUGGGAGGAACGAGUACACACGGAUGGCAGAGUGUUCUACAUCGACCACAGUAAAUAUUAUUCAGAUUUUCGUAGAACGAACGAACUUUCUUUAAGUUUUCAGAGGUGUCAGUGGGGGAUCCAGGGGAAGCUUCCCCUUGGGGGAAGGAGAGUGUCUCCCCCACCCCCUCCGAUUUGGAAUUACGAGCCCCAUUACCCCUGAUUUCUGCUCCACUUAGUCCUUUUACCAUUGCUAAGAAUUGUCGUAUUCUAAACAGCCCUCUGACAUUGUUGAUAACAGUAAGUGUGCUUGGUUUGUAGAUACCAAGUCAACUCAGUGGGAAGACCCUCGAGUCCAAAUUAAUAACAAACCAUCUCAGGUAAUCUAUUUGCUUUUACGUUCGACUUGUCAUUGUAGUUAUAUAUUAAAAUUGUAUUACUUAUCAUCAUCAUCAUCAACAAUUUCAUUAUCAUCAUUAUUACAUCAUCAUCAAUAUCACAUUAUCAUCCCAUCUGUGACAACGUGACGUGAAGGACGAUAAAAUACCUGUUACUUAUUUUAUGUAUGGAUUGCAGACUACAGACUCCUUGUUAGGGCUAUCGAGAUAUUGGAUACAGAGAAUUUAAAUACAGUCAGAGUACCCACCAACAUGAAAGUCUGGAUGCGGAAUAUUUAGGCUUGAACUAAAUGGGAUGCAGAUUACUGUAUGAGGAUCCCCCCCUUCCUUUCUUAAAACACCUAUAGGACUUGUUUUGGCUGUCUGUUCACACCUAAUAAUCGUUUUUCUUUUCCAUCAGGCUGUUCCUUAUUCUAGAGAUUUUAAGCGCAAGUGCGACUACUUCAGGUCUAAACUGAAAAGACCGGUAAGUACCUAUAGCAAGUCUUGUUUGUUUUAUUAUUCUUGUGAAAGGUUUGAACCCGGCAGUCAUUUCAAAAGUAGGUUGAGUUUGAUCGUCCGGGUGAACGUAGUCUUGAAUAGGACUGUUGUUGUUGACAGUGACUGACGUUUCGACAACCUGAGCGGUAGUUAUCUUCAGUGCGGGCAAGCACACGGCACCAAAUUAUGGCAAGAUGACUACCGCACAGAUUGUCGAAACGUUAGUCACACGUCAACAACAACAGUCCUAUUCAAGACUAUGUUCACCCGGGCGAUCAAACUUAACCUACUUUUAUUAUUCUUGUUGCUUUGCAAAAAUUUUUUUGAACGCAAAACAGUCGAGUGUUUGGUUCUGUGUGACCGCACCUGACACGAGAACAUUGGCUUGUACUGGCAGGGAAAACAAACUGGCUAGAUUUUUUUUUUAAAUAACAUUAAAGAUCACCUUCUUUGUCAUGACGGUAGUGGUCUUCUCCGUUCUUCAAAGGGACGUCCCAUUUUCUGACUCUUCUUAGGCUAUGGUUUUUAAAACGUUGAACGGCCUGGCGCCACAUUAUUUAUCUCAACUGCUUGUUGUAAAGCCUAGUAUCGUACCAGUAUCGUAUGAACAACAAUGGCCCGAGGCGGCACAAGUCGUUCACAUACAUCCAACAUCGUGCCUGCGGUUUGCCGAGAGGGUUUGGUGCACUAAACUGCAGUCCUCAGUGGCUUCCAGGCCUCACUCCUCCUUUACCUCCGCCACGGGCCGAAUAGGUGUUCCCACUGCACCAAAGUAUGGCGCAAAACCCAUCCCAUAAGUGACGCUCUACUUUCGAGAUCGGCGCGACGCAAAUUCGCUCCGUCGCAGAAAUCGCGCCGCUACAACUAUUCUUGUGUGUAAACAGAAGUCCUAUCGGCUAAUCCGGUAUGAUUUUCGCGGGGGCGAAAAAGCUUUCCGAUAUUGUGAGAACAUAGCGUUACGCUGUAAUAACCGCAUGCAGUCUUUUCUAAAAGAUCUAUCUUUUCUUGAAGGUAAACGUGCCUAAUAAAUAUGAAAUUCAUGUUAGAAGAAACAACCUUUUGUUGGAUUCGUACCGUGGUGUGUCUGUGACCGUCACAAACCCCGAGCUUCUUAAAACCAGGCUCUGGAUUGUAUUUGAUUCAGAAACUGGACUGGAUUAUGGUGGACUACAGAGGUAUUGCCCACUAAUAUUUUAUGAAUUUUCUUAGUCUUUAAUCUUAGGGAAAAGUGAAACAAUUAGUUAAGCUGUGUUGUUAUCUCUCUCAGCUAGUACGCGCCCUGUGAUUGUUCAGUAGGGGCCAUAAAUUCAAAAGUUUCAUUUGGUUGCAAUUUGCGACAGAAGAACAUCAUAAAGCUGCUCCUUUCAUGUAGUUUUGGACUAUAAUGGGUGUUUUAAGUGUUAAACGAAUGUUUUUGACGAUUUAAAGUCAGGAUUUUGGACGUGGUUUUUCUGAUUUGACGCGCGUUGACUGAUCAGUAGUCGUCCUGCCUGAACUGAAAUCUUCGAUGCCCUCUCAGUCUGUAAUUAAAUCCAGAGGUGUAAUAAACAUCUUACUAACCACUGUAAGGUACGGAAUCCUGUUUUUUUUUUAACCCUAACCCGGAUUUUAUGGACCGCGCACUUUGCGAGAAAGCUCGGUUAGUAACGUACAGUACGGACCUCAAACUCGGUACAGUCCUUUGUCUCAUUACGGGCUUGACGUGGUCCCAAAGACGCCAAACUUUAUUCCAGCCCUAAAGUACGGACACCUCUUGGUUGUGUCCCUUUAGCGUCAAUGUUAAGGAGUUUUAAUAUAUGACUGAAUCCGCGAGCGGGCAAGAUGAAGCGAAUUCUGCGUUCUAAUUGGCUACCCAGGCAAGCAAGUCGGGUCCAUCUUGCCCGUUUGGGAUUUUCCGCGUUGGUCCCGCAAGAACAAGUUCUCUUUUUGGCCAUAUGAUAAAUCCUUUAUUGAACAAGUUUGUUCGAUCAAGAUGACUGUAAAUUGGCCUCGUUCUUCUUGCGGUUUUAUUAACCUCGACUUCGUCUCAGCCAAGAAAAUCGCAAAAACAAGAACUUGGCCAGUAUCCAGCCAUAUUGGCCGAACAAGCUUGGUCAAUAUGAACGCAUAUUCUUUGCUAUAUGUCCUAAAAUCUGUGAAAUUCAGCAAUACUUUUUUCUCUGUCGAUAGGGAGUGGUUUUACUUGCUCUCCAAAGAAGUGUUUAAUCCUUAUUACGGUCUGUUUGAAUACUCCGCAAGGUCAGUACAAAUGAUGGUGUUCGACAGUUACGAAUGUUUUGAUCAUUCCCUUUUUCCUCACGCCUUCUAUGGUUGAUGAAGGAGUGUUGCUAGGAGGGAAAAUCAAAUGUUGGUCCGGUACCAAAAAUUUCUAAGCUAAGAUUUCAUUUUUAAAAAAAGUGCUAUGAAAGAGGUUUCAUUUGAAUGGCUAAAUCCUAAGAUUCUGUCCAGAGACUCAAAAGUUGUGCAGCUAAAAUACAAGUCUGCUUAAAAGCGGUUUUGUUUUUCGUGUUGCCUCUUUUUCCCUCUCUUUUUGCUGUGAUGUUAUUAUAAAAAGAUGUCUAAAUCGUUCAUUGCAAACUUGUCAGAAAAGGGCUGGUAAAUUUGUCUUUUUGAUCGUCGAAGACUUCCGUUAGUUUUUUGUUUUGAUGAUUUUUAUGGCGAUUUGGCGAUUUUCGUGGCGUGAUUUUCGAAGUUGCUUUUGUUUUAACUUUAUUCUGUGUUAUGUUUUCCCAAGACCUCAGUGUUCCCCUCAAUCAUCCUUUGCGCAUAAAUUGCAUCCUAAGAAGUAAAACAGUCUGCCAUUGUUUGUAAGUGAUUGAAAUAUUAUUUUUCUGCAGCGAUAAUUACACCCUUCAGAUUAACCCGAACUCUGGACUGUGUAAUGAGGAGCAUCUUUCCUAUUUCAAGUUUAUUGGUCGGCUGGCCGGGAUGGCUGUAUACCAUGGAAAGCUGCUCGAUGGUAUCUGAUUUAACUACUUGUUUUUUCUUGAAAACUGUUUGUUUGUUUGUUUGUUUUUUUUUUCGUUUUGUCGUUCAUUGCUAUUACAGAAGGUAGUUAGAGAUAAAGAGGGCGACAAAAAGGUCAAAAAAGCAGUAGGUUUUUGAAAUAAGCUAAACAACGUCAUCUUUGUAGGUGCCUUACCAAACAGUGGCACUUUUUGGUGCGUUUCUAUGCCUUAUUUGCAAGACUAGAUGUGAAAUUGACCACUCCAGAAAAUACCACAACAUACCAUAAUGCUCUUUGUUUGUCACCCCAAAAUUUUGCUUAAAAUAGGCGUUGUUUUCAGUUUCUCUUGGGGCCAUUUUAACUCCCAAGAGAAACUGAAGACAAUGCUUAUGCAAAAUUUUGGGGUGACAAACAAAGAGCAUUAUGAUAUGUUAUGGUAUUUCUGGAGUGGUCAUAUGCAGUUUUUCAUGGAAGACACAUGCACACGAAUUAUUCUUGGUCAGUCUUUUUGAACUUGUAUGUGGUGUUUAGGAAUUCAACUCCAGGAGAUUUCGCCUACAUUUGACCUAGUGACCGGGUUGGAGUAGUAAAGAUAAAGUUCCAGUGAACGCGAAUUCACUUUUAAGUGACGUUUUCGCUGCUGUCGCCGUCGUGGUAUCUUAAACUCCUUGCGUCUGGUUUCCUUCGCGGACGUUAUGUAUUGGACACCAAGCGUACCUUGGAGUGUCAAUACCUACCGUUCUAAGUGUAGGUUGCGUAGCAGACCAUAACUUCAAUACUUAUAACGCCUCUGCUUCUUUGAUCUCCGUAUUACUCAAGGCUAAUUUAUUUAGUUAUGAUUGUUUUCUGAUUACUUAAUGUUUUCCACUUCACAGCGUUUUUUAUUCGUCCAUUUUACAAAAUGAUGUUGGGUAAACCGAUCACGCUGAUCGACAUGGAGAGUGUGGUGAGUGAUUUUAGUGAUCAUCAUUUCAUUUUCCUGGAAAUGUCAGUGAAAUAUAAAUAAUCAGCUAUGUUUAAAGGACUUUCUAUUAUGUCGCCCCCCUCCCCCGCCCCCGCCCUCUCCAGCCUGCGUCGCAGGAGUAAUGUAACCUUGGUUAGUAACGUCUGCGAAGCGGCGCCGAGAUCGUUGUUCUGGCCCCCCAACGGAUUCAACGAAGAACAGGAAGUGUGUUUCGAAUUUCUUUUCAUCCUGAUUGGCAAAUCGGCAAUAGCAUUUUUAACAGGCCAAUCAUUGCGGUUACUCAAAUCCUGGUAUCCAUGUGGUCCUGGAACAAGGAUUUCGGCGCUGUUUCGCAGACGACUGUGGCGCAGGCAACCCAGUCACCCCCCCCCCCCAUCACCGCGUCCCUGCAGGCCUUUAACAACUCGGCCUUAAAAAGGAAAAAGGAAAAAAAUGGAUGUCUACACCGCUUGUUCUCGUUCGGACUCUAUUGUUACGCACCGCACACUCCUUCGUAUAGUGAUGGGCUUUUGUACAUUCUUUUGUUGCUCCAUUGAAAUGCUCCCCCUUAAUGCUCCAUUUUUGCGACUGAUUCUUUAAUGGAAGUGGAAUGUACUGAGCUUGACGUUUUAUUUUUUGUUUUAUUUGUUGCUAUUUUUGCGUAUUGUUUAGGAUUCUGAAUACUACAACAGUUUGAAUUGGAUUCUCGAAAAUGAUCCUGAGGAUUUGGACCUAACUUUCAGCGUAGAUGAAGAAUUAUUUGGCCAGGUAAUCACUGCAUAUGGUUCUCUGCUUCGCUCUUUACAGGAAUAUUAGGUGUAGAAGAGUUUUGGAAGAAUGCAUACACGCAUUACUCCGGCUUUUGUACAUGUGCAGUGUUAAACGUUGUGGAGAAGAGCCUUGGUUAUUAGGGUCUCUUUUGCAGGAUAGGGAGCUUAAGCAACGACGUUCUUGAGCGACCCAUGUCAACAAGAAGGGAACCUUUUUCUGUUUUAAUAUUCCUUGAUGCUACCAAAUUUCUAUCGCUAAGUGUCUUUACUCUUAUAGAGAAGAUUUGCCUAAAAUUUCGUUCAAAGUUACCGCUCAAGAGUGCAAAAGUCCACUUCCGGUUGACAUGCGUCGCUCAAAAAUGUCGCUGCUUAAACUCCUGACUGGCACAAAUGUGGUGAUACUUUGUCGCCUGUCCACAAAUGUUCGCUACUUGGUCUGAACUAUGUGGGCUCAUUUCAGAUGUGUAACUUUUAUAGGUAACAGUAAAAGACCUCAAGCCUGGCGGAUCACUAGUUAAAGUCACAAACGCAAACAAACGAGAGUAUAUUAAGUAAGUAUGACAUAUAAACAACAAAGAAGAUUGUAUGCGAAGUAAACUCGGUCUUACGUCGGGAACGUGCUCUCCGAGAAUAAUACCGUCACAAGCGUAGUAUAAGCACAACAACAACUCUGUCCGUAUUGGCCUCAUUAGCCCCAAGCGCGCCUCUAUACCCUUUUUGUUCCCCGACAUAAUCGCCACACAAGUUAGUAGUAGCUAAGAGGCAUGCACUUAUUAUUUUUCAACAGUCUUGUGAUCAAGUGGAGAUUUGUAAGCCGCGUUGAGGAUCAGAUGAAGAAAUUCAUGGAAGUAAGUUUCGCGUUAUGACAAUCGUUCUUCCUUUUUGUUGUAAUGUCAAUGGUAUGUAGCCUGCGCCACAGACGAAACUAAACUCCUUCUAAACUUCUCCCCUUGUUCUGGGGCCCCACCUGUGUACAAGGAUUUAAGUACGCGCCAUCAUUGACCUGUCAAAAAAGCCAUUCAUGAUUGUGGAUUAGCUAGUUAGGUUGAAGGAGGGGGGGGGGUCCGGAACUAGGAUUUCGGCGCUGCUUCCAGACGUUACUAACCAGGGUUAGAUUACGUCUGCGUCACAGGCUAACGGUAUGUGAACAUCUCGUAGGCCACAUAGGCUGGAGGUGGAGUCUGUCCUUUGUACAGCAAAACCUUCCUCCUGGGCUUCUCUUGAAGAGAGACACCAAGGCGUACUUACCAUUUACACAAACCACCCGGGUGGAAAUCUUGUGUAUAAACAUAAAACUCUAAGAGUUGAUGAGGUGGGAGAACGAACCGCUACAAAAUAUAUCCCAAAACAGCUGACCAGACUAAAACGAGUAGAAAAUUUGACUCAUCUCAUACCACAGCCCAUAUUUGUUGAAGCUUCCCAAACGAAAUGGCACGAACGGCAUUUGAUUUUCCAACCGAAAUUUAAGUACCCCUGAUGAAGGCUUCUCGUGUUUAAUAUGUUACAUUAAAUGCUAAGAACUUGUAGAUCCUUCUAUGUUUGAGAGUGCCUCUGAGAAUUCACGUCCCCUUUGUCAAGAGUUCUACGGAGAGGACGCACCUUGUUCAGUGUUAGACUCGCUUGUCUGAUCAGAUGAACAAUGGUCAUGAAACGGGACAUUUUCAUCCAGGACGCAAUGUUGUUAAAUUUUUAUCUUUUUAAGUUAUAUACUUUUUUUUUUUAUUUUCAGGGUUUUUGCGAACUUAUUCCUCACAACCUGAUUCAAAUUUUUGACGAAAGAGAACUAGAGGUGAACAUGUGUUUUUUUAUGUUGAAGUUAGAAGCGUAUACGAGGUAGGCAAGAGUUUGACUCUGACAUAAACUAAUCCCCGCUGUUGGAGUGAGACACAAUAAUUUUACCUCAGUUUUGGCUUUGCACCGAACGUUUCCUUUUUAGCGCAAAAGCAGACGAAAGCUUCUGGUUCAGCAUCAAAGCUCCAUUUCGUCCCGAAUUCCCUAUUAAUUCCCUAUUAAAAUUCACCUACUAAGCGGCCACGCUCUAUUAAUCCUUUAAACCCUAAGAUCAAAAUUUGAAUUCUCAUUUGUUGCCCCUAUUCAUUUCCUACGUAAAUAGUAGGGAGAAGGUGAUAAAAUAUCAAGUAAAUUCACCUUGUGUGAUCAUGUCCGUAAUUCUCAUGACCACUCUGUUUUACAAAGCAUUGAUAUUACAAGGAGAAAUUUGAUGCUGAUCAGUCUUAGGGCUAAACUCUAUUAAGCGGUCGCGGCCACCUUUUGGGUGUCCCAACAAUAGUUUUCCAUUGUUGUCACCUCUAUUAAGCGGCUAUCAAGCGCUUUUGUCUUUUUUUCAAGAAUAUGAUGAAGGAAAAUGCAGUCCGAGAUUGAAGGUGACGGCCAAUUUUGGACCAGUAAUGCUGCUCCUGUUGCGUGAUGUUUUUGCUAAAGGUUAUGCUAAUUUGUGACAAACCUCUAUUGAGCGUCCAACCUCUAUUAAGCGGCUACUUGCCGGUACCCCGAGGGUGGCCGCCUAAUGGAGGGUCCAACCGUAUAUCUCUCUUCCAACUCUUUCUUUCUCUCCUUUAGCUUCUCAUGUGUGGGUUGGGAGAAAUUGACAUCAAUGACUGGAGAAGAAAUACGAAUUAUCGUGGCGAUUACAGUGAUAAACAUAGCGUCAUCGUGUGGUUUUGGAAGGUAGGUAGUUACAUAGUCGUGGGAUGGCUAGCCUGUCUUACCUGCGCUAUUUAACAGAGCGUGUUACGUGCGCUGUUUAACAGGGCUGAUGGCGCUGCCGCGAAAGUCGCGAGACGAGGGAAACCAUUUCCUCUCUACGUUGUGCGCCUAACUUUCCUUCUCUCUCAUGCUUAGCACCUCACGCCUGUUUUAUAGUUAAUUUGAUGGGCAAUUGCGCUGAGUCAAAAUAAGUUAGGUGAGCUUGUUGGUGGAUAGACUACGAGCAGUCUCUCUUUUUUCUGUAGUCCGUCGAGCAAAACGCGAGACACGCAAAUAGCCACGCGCGUGACGGCGCGAGACGGGAGAGGCCUCGGUUCGCGCGUCUCGCGGCUUCGCCGCUCCCGCGCGCGUGCAUUGCUCUCACUAAAUCUGAAGAAAAAGAGAGACUACUCGCAGUCUAGUUGGUGAGCUGGUCGUGUUGAAAUCAUGCUUAGUUGUAAUUUCUCUUAGUACAAUGAUGAAAAUUCAUAUACAUUGUACUCACUCUCUUUCUUGUCAUUAACUUUGGAAAUCAGCGCAACCUACAGAGUCCUUUACAGACUAAUCUGUAUUUUGUGCGCGCAAUUGGUCUAACUGUGAUCCGUCCGACGUUGUUCUUCGUUAUUUUUCUUUGAAACAAUUUACAACAAAGCAAUUAUUAGAUUCGGUUUUGUUCGGAAUAAUCGUGGUCUCAGUAAGUGUCAUCAUACACUUAAUCCUCGACCUUGAUUUUUCCUGACAUCACCAAAACCUCAUCAUUUAAUUGUGUAUUACGACGCUACUCUAUUACACUCACAAACAAGUACCGUUUUAAAAAAUAAAACUGAAAAACUGUCUCUUUCCUCAUCCAAUCCGUACAAUUUUAACUACAACUUUUUUUCAUUUCACUUCGUAUUGAUUUCAUUGCUGUUUUGCUUGAUGCCGUCCAGGCCGUGACGUCAUUUGACCUGGAAACUCGUGCCAGGCUGUUGCAGUUUGUCACCGGUACGUCACGGGUUCCAAUGAAUGGAUUUGCCGAGUUGUACGGCAGUAACGGUCCGCAGAAAUUCACGAUUGAACCUUGGGGUACUCCUCAUUCGUUACCGCGAGCUCACACUUGGUAAGUCUAUAGGAUCAAUUUAAGUUUCUGGGAAACUGCCCACCUACCCCUCCCCUAAGCCAUCAUUAUCACUUACUUCUCACUUAAGGCAAAAUGUUGGCUUAGGGGAAGGGGUAGGUGGGCAGCUUUGCUAUUGUAACAGGCCAUUUUCAGUUGUGUGCUCUGUGCCCCGUUCUUUGAAUAUAGGUGAGAGGUGACCUUGUUCACGGGCUUGCUAGCAUGAGACUGGACUGUGUCAUAGGGAACUGUUAACAGCUUAGCAGAAAGCCGGAGUUUGUAACAUAACAAGGUUAGCUCCAGGCUCGCUUCAGUUUUAAGGCCGGGACAACUGAGCUGGUUUAAUUUGAGGUUUCUAUUGAUAAACUGCUUUUCGCACGGGUGGUUUUGUUUUGAAAUAUGCUGAAUUCCCAAUUUCAGAUGAGACGUUUCGAGAAUGAUCCCUUUAUCAGUCGGUAGAAAUUUUCGCUUAGCCGCGCUUUUAUUUCUAGAAAACGUUCUUAUAUCUAAGAGCUUCAUGUUGAAAACUGGAUUUGGUUUGUUAGUUUCAACAGGCUGGACUUACCUCGCUACAGAACGUAUUAUGAACUUCGCGAAAAACUUCGAGUGGCCAUUGAAAAUACUCAAGGAUUUGAAGGAGUCGAUUAACGCCAAGUCAAGCUGUUCAAAAAUGGUUAAAGGUAUCUUAAAGCACAUCUAGCAAGCUUCUUCUCCAGUCUUAGUGGAGAACAAACUGAGUGAAUGAGUUGUAUCAGUUCACGCUCUACCUUACUGGGAAAACGUCGUGCAAGAUACAAUAUUGUAAACGAUGUAAUAUACUUGCGAGUGCAAUAGUAUUAAGAGUGUUUAAAUCAUUAUGGCCGUAAACAAUGGCAUAUCAAAGCGAAUCUUCACGGCCAGUGGUAGAACGAAUCACCUGAAUGCGCGCGAAAUAUUUAAGGGCUAGCAUGCGGUAAAACAUGUAGCAAAUGGAAAACGCGGGAAAACAAGCAGCAAAUGGCGGGAAAUUGUCGCUGGAGGGAAGUUGUUAGUGCUUUUUUAGGAAUUCGCUUUAAUUAGUUAUUGUACACCACGUAAGUUUUUUUCAGUCUGCCCGACUUUAAUCUGUAUAGAGGUGUGAGCAUUUGUCUAUUGAACUUAAAUUUUUAUAUACGUAUAUGUUAUUGCGAUUCUUUUCUAUCUGGCGCGAGAAGAAACUUUUUUUAUUUUGCCCUGAAAUAGACGAACAUAAUGAAAUGGCCGUUUAGGUUCUGGAGAAUCUUUCAUUUAUGGUUGUAGAAUAAUACUUACUGAUUUGUAGGUGGAAGAGUUUCAAUAUGAAAAUCGAGAUACUAGCGUUCUCCAGUAUACGACCAGCGUUGGGGAACUUCGUUUUACCCGUUCUGCUGGGAAAAUUACAAUCGUCAGGGUUUCAAAUUUUCACCCCUGACUAGUACAAGCUAAAAGGGCGUUCGUGGCAUUAAGACGAGCACAACAAAAGCAGAUAUCACGCGAUUGCUUCUAAGUUCGCGUGAUCCUAUACCCUAUUUACUAACUGGCUUGCAGUGUUUUAUACACAGGCAACCUAUGGUUCAAAAGUUAGCUCUGAAAAGAACUGGCGACUUUGUUACUCAUUCAACCCUUUUGCACACAAAACUACUAAAUUGAAAAAAAAAAAUGACAGUUUUUUAUGUUUGUCCAAAAAGGGCGUGCGCUUGGGCAAUACCUGUCGCUUUGGGUCAAUCACAACACAUUGGUUCUUGUGAUUGGUUAAAAUACAAGGGCACGACAUUUUUUAACCAAUCACAGGGCUCAGCAAAGGAGAACCAUUGCGAACUCCCGUUAUUAUUAACGUUCGCCCCAUUACCAAACCUGUGAGAGAGAUUUUAAUUUAAUUUUUUCUAACAGUAUGAAAAUAUUGUCAAGCAUGUAGGUGGUGAGAAUAUAGAUAGUAAGGGAUAAC